AUGUUCUAUCUUGGAGUUGCUUCAGGAUCUCUGAUUUCACCUCCCAUUCUUCCUCAUCAUCAUCACUCAUUAAGUUAUAGACAGGAGUCUUACCUUUCAUUUGUGAACAAGUCUGGUGUGUGGCUGCGAUCGGUGAGGAAGCUGAUGGCGGUGGAGGCGGAUGCAGAAGAAGUUGUGACCGGUAAGGCUGGACACGCGAUUGGCGAAGAAGGUGUGGCUGACGGUGUGAUCAACGGAGGAGGCGUUGCAUCCGGUGAUGAAGGUUGCGCGGUCCUCGUGACCGGCGAAGAAGCUUGUGCUGAAGCUGCAUCCGAUGAGGAAGCUUCGCUCGCUGCGCAUCGUGCGGUUGUCGCGUUCGAUGGUUCAAAUGCAGUAGUGGCCGUAGGAGAGUCUGCUGGUGCAAAGAUUUCUGCAGCAGGGGCAGAUGUGACAGCAAGUGCUUCAGCUGGUGUAGAAGUAGGUGAAUUUGCUGGUGCAGAAAAAUCAGCAGGUUCAAAUGCAGUAGUGGCCGUAGGAGAGUCUGCUGGUGCAAAGAUUUCUACAGCAGGGGCAGAUGUGACAGCAAGUGCUUCAGCUGGUGCAGAAGUAGGUGAAUUUGCUGGUGCAGAAGAAUCAGCAGGUGUAGCAACAGCUCUGUGA